GACUUUUGAUAUCCUGUUGUGUAUUAGAGGGAGCAGUGUAUACAUGAUUGCACUCAGAGCUUUGAUACUUUGGACGGGUAAUCAUUACUUCUCUAUAAGAUAAUGUGUUUUUCCAUUGACAAAGUAUACAAAAUCAUAUUAAUAUUUUAUUCGUAUAUAUAACGGUUUUUUAGGGGAGCGUGUCAAGAUCAACUAAUUGUUAAUAUCGAACAAAAGGCCUAUAGAGAUUUGUUUUUAUUUACCGUGUUUUCGUAAGUAGAACAUGUAUGCCGAAAAUAAGUAAUGUACGUGUACACAUUGUUAUUUAAUCAUUUUAGAAAAUUGUGUUAGCCAAUAUAUGUGAUAAAUAUAUUUUACUCAAACGAGGAAGGAAGUAAUUCAAGGUAUUAAAAAAUCACGCGUAUUUGAGGAAACUUUACACUAAAUGGGCUAUCAGUAUCUGGAAUGAAAUAAGUCAGUGAUUGUAUUACACGAAACAGAAAUUAUUUGAAACCACAGUAUUUAUGUAAAUGAUGUAAUCUAACCAGCAAACAUGGCCAGCCUUUUAUACACUACGUUUGGAUCUGUAUUCAUAUCGUCGCGUUAGAAUCGUUUCUUUUUCACCACCAGUCGUCAAAACAAGUUAACCACCAAAAGCUAUCAGUUAAAUCCUAUUUGGGUACGUGGAGUCAAAUUUCACCUUCAUCGAAGGAGCUUAGUAUGGAUUUAGCCUGAGAUAUUUACAUGUUAAUCCCGUGAGAUAGGACGUCAGUGAAUGAGGACAAUACACGCGUGGUGCUGGCUGGUCUGUCGAUGACCGCAGUGACACGGGCACCUGUCCCGGAGCAGACGAUCAGGUCUGUCCAACUGUAUAUAGCCAAAACAAUUCUUGAUAACGACGUGCUACGGAACAGAUACCCUUGAGGGAAUACAUUGGAAAGCGUAACAGUCAAAAUGUAUUGGCCAGUACAGGACGACAGCAUUAUAGAUGCGUCUGGUAACAAAAUUGAGCAGACGGCGAGUUCAGUCAGCCGAGAACGGACCAAAGAAAGAAACCCUCCCUCUACCCCACUGGAUCUCUCGGGCCCUGUUAGUGAUUCACUUAAACCGCGAGAAGGAGAAAUUCCGCUAGAUUUAUCCGUAAAAUCAAACAAACGCCCGAUAGAAUUAACAGAAUCGUCGAGAGAAAUGUAUCUCCAUCAGAUGUUCUCGUUGGGAAAGAUGCCUACUACAAAUACGACACAAAAUCAAAUGCAACUGAAAUUCCAGCAGACACCACCAGUUAUACCAACACCAAACGGUUAUGUUGAACAAAGACAAAUGGAAAGACAUGUGCCGUACCAUAGACAAUACAUGGAACAGAAAAAACUCUUGGAAUGUAAUCAACAAAUGCUUGAACAGAGGCACGCGAUGGAACAAAGACAAGCCCUUGAACAAAGACAAAUUUUGGAGCACAGACAGGUUCUUGGUCACAGACAGAUUCUUGAACAAAGACAAGCGAUGGAAGAGAGACAGCGUCAGGUCAUGGAGGAAAGACAGAGGCGUAUUUUAGAGGAGAGGAAGAGACAGGCCAUGGAGGAAAGACAUCAUCCCCAAGGAUAUAGUGACAUCCCUUACAAGAACAAACAACUGCCAACGGGGUACCAAGAAAUACAAGACAUGUUGCACGGAAACUCUGGCCAAACUGAUUCGUCUAUGAUGAAACACAGCUUGGGAUCACCUUGGCAAAAUCAGCAGGUUCUCCAAAGUAAAUCAUUACCUCACGACCACUAUAGAAGAACGUCACACAUUCGUUACUCAAACAGAAUCAAAACAAAUCCGAGUUCUGAUGAACAAUACUACGCCAUGCUACAAACUAUUCAGAAACAAAACGCUGCAAAGAAACAUCAGAUGGAGCAGGAACGUCUUCUGACAGAAAGAGCAGUCAGAAUGCAAGAAACGAUGCCACCAACACAGCCCAAAAUCAUAUCUAAAACAAGCACAAUGUCCAACCCUAGUGCUUACUUAGAAAAGCCUGCGCAGGCUUAUUCACAGAAGCUGUCGACGAGCAACGAUGUUAAGUAUACUCAGCACAUGUGGAAAGGAGGAUACUCUGAUACAGCGCAGCAACACUUGAUUGCUGAAUCGGCCCAACCGCAUCUGAGUGUGGAAAAUCCCAAAGCUAGCAUUGUAAAACAGAGAGGCAUGAUACCAGCAUAUAACAUGAAACAAGAACACAUGAGCCCUGUGUCAGCAAGCGGAGUGUACAAACAUCCGUUCGGUAGUGAUGUGCCUGCUCACUUGGAACAGAGACCGCAAUACCAUAGUCCAUCUCCACAUAUUGUACAUUCCUCUACUCCACACAAAGGAGAAUUAAUGGCGUCUAGUCGUCCUCGUCCAGUCAAACAUACUCGAGUCUCUGGGACGCCGUUACCUAAAGAAACUCAUUCCACUAAGAUGUCCCAACAGUCAGAAAGGUCAAUAAUUAAGGGGACAAGUGGUGCACAUUGUAUAAAUGGAGUACAAGACCCGUCCACUUUUCGAGACACUAAAAAACAGUUUUCAUCUCCAGUAAAUAUUAAUAAACAUAGCAGCGAAUGUUAUAAAUCUUGCGAUGGACACGAUGUUUUAAUUUCUAGUCAGAAAACAUCAGUUUUGGACGUGUAUUCAAAACAAUUGCAAAUUCAGAAACAAACUUUGGCAGAACAAGAAAAACGUAAAAAGAAAGAACAGGACGACUCUUUGAAUGACAAUAGGUUAGUGACACAACUUUUUAGAGGACUCAUCAAACAAGGGGAAUCCCCUUUACCCAGUGCAAGAAAGUUUGACGAUGGAGUCAAAGUACCGCGUGAAGGUACAAAGACUUCAUCACCUGUGUCUCAACCAGAAGCGGUCGUCGAGCGUCUGUCGUCACCCCUUUCCAUCUCAAUACCGAACGCUUCGACCAGAUGUAAACCAGAAGAAAAGCCAGAGAGUAAGCCAAGACCGUUCUCCAAAAAGCAGUUGAUUAUGAACGCCGUCAAUAGAGACGAAGAUCUUCGUAAAAUAGUCAGCAAUAUGGAGAAACCCAAAACAGUUAUCUUUUCCAAUCCUGAUCUCAAAAGAUCUCAAACUACAUCCCCUGUUGGUCCAGAGUCCCCCAAAAUGCCGACGUUGAGUCCCCAGCAAAAACUCCAGCCUUCUUUGUCUCAUCAAGGGACAGAACCCCCGACUCUUCAUAUUGAUGGUUCCGAUAAACAGGACGCCAUUUUACGGACGGGUCCCUCCAUUUCCUACUAUCAGGACAAAAGACCACGACUCCUGUCUUCCCUUCCUAGAAAGCCACAGCCUGUGGUGGAAGACGAGGAGGAAGAUGACGAUUCUGGAGAAAUCCAACACGAAGUUUCAAUCCAGGACAACAGCGUCUUUGCGAAACGACCUUUCCUACAUUACAAAAAAAUUCCAAUCGCAAACGUUGCUCCUAUGAUUCACGAAAAUUCUUUAGAAGGACAAAAGGAGACUGCUCCUUGCUCAUCUGAUCAAAGUAUCGGCCAGAAACGAAAACUCGACGAAACAUUCGACAAACACAUUACUUCGUCAAUCAAAACUUAUCUGAAUGAGAGCAACGACACCCCACUCAUUUUAUCAGCAGAGAACAAAUCUUUACUCGACAAGAUUAAAUAUGAGGACGAGGAACCACUAGUAAAAAGCAGACGAUUGUCGGACUCCGACUGCCUAAUCAAAUCUACUGCUAGUUGUGAUCGGAAUUACAAACCUCUAAAAGUAGAGAGACGCCAUAAAUCUUUGAUUCAGGAGUCAAGUUCAAGCAGACGAAUUAAACACGAUGUGGUUACGGCCGCUGAUAGGAUUCCUAUACUCAAUAGAAUCGGCCCUCCGUCAAAGACACAAAAGAAGGCAGACGACAUUCGUCGCCGUGCGCGGGAACGUCAUCAACAUCGUCAUAGACACAAAAGAAUUCAGGAAAAUCAAUCUCUAUAUAUCAAAAGCAGACGACACAGUCGGGAUAAAGCGCGAGGAUUUAUCGAUUUUAAACCGGAAGUUCUCGUCAAUCGAACCCGAACUAGAACUUAUAAAAAUGAAAUUUUAUCGGACUCUGAUGCUAAAACGGAGGAGGAGGAGGAUAUCAAAGUCGUCAAACGUCGUGUGUACAAGAAGUCAAGGCAGCGAAAAAAUGCCAAAGACGCUUUGCAAAAAGCAACCGAAAGAAGUAAAGAAACUAAAGGGAGCUCGGAUGGUUCCAUAUCACUGAAAAUUGCUUCCGUGCCAUUGACAGACUGCAUCAGUAAAAACGUUCUAGAGACCAAGUCUGAAAAUACAAAUAUAAAAGAUGAAACGAGUCAGACAGUGGAGGUUAACGAAAAAAAUGGCACAUCCGCGCAACCGGAAGAAAACGUUGAUGUGACUUUGCCGAUACGUCCUCGACAGAAGCGCAGAUUCCGGAGGAGAUCAAGUACGAAGAGAAUCGGAAAAUGUCGCAGGCGAAGGACAAAGUUCCGGAAAAAGCAAAUAAUUGCAAAGAAGAAUUUCAUACCUUUGACUUUUCAUGGUGAUGUUGAGGACGAUGUUUUUGCCAAUAAUGAUGACUUUGUGCCAUUUGAUUCUUGCGAUUUGCCCCAGAGCAGUGGGACUUCAUCACAAACAGCACAGGAAAUCAAGAAACUGGUUGUUUGCAAAGACACUGGGGAGACGAUGCUGCACAGGGCGGCCCGGCUUGGUCACCUGGAUGUUGUCGUUUACUGCCUCCAGUCAGGGGAUGUUGAUGUCAACACCAAGGACAACGCAGGCUACACGCCCCUGCACGAGUGCUGCGUCAGCGGAAACCUGGAAAUCGCGCGCUUGCUGCUGUCACGUGGUGCAAAUGUCAACUGCGCGUCGCAAGAUGGCAUCAGACCUAUUCAUGAUGCUGUUGAAAAUGACAACAUCGAAAUGGUUCGUCUGCUCAUUGUGUACGGGGCUGAUCCAACUCUGGCGACAUAUGGUGGUCUGUCGCCCGAAAAAAUCGCACACAGUGAUAAAAUGAGAUCACUUAUCACUGGUUACCUAGGUGAUUUAAACGGCUUUCCCGAAGGUGUAGUGUCGACCAGGUGGGAGUUUGGUCUCUAUAGAUCAGGCUGUUUGCCAGAGACCGAGGUCUUUGCUGAUAUUCCAGAUGAUCCACCGAUAGAAUCCAAAGAACAAUACAUAGCGGAGUCCGGAAAUCCUCUCUUUCCAGUGUUCAAAAUCCAAAAUGGCGACAGUGAUAGGGUUGAAUCAUUGGUGUUGGUUAGAGAUGUUUGCGAGUUCUACAGAUUAAAGCCGUCCGAAGUGGUAAAAAACCACGAAAAUCUAAAGAUCAGGGAGAUAUUGAAAAGCGAUAUAAUGCAGAACACGGAAAAUUCCCUUCUGUUUCAAAAGUUGUCCAUGUUAACGGUAACGGAACUUCCUGCCAUUAGGGAAGAAAGUGUGAAAGAUCUCAUGCAAAUCUGUCUGAAAUUGUCAAACGCCGUUGAAUCUGAUGGUAAAGAAAUGUCAUUGAAAAAUACGCAGAAAGAAUCACAAGGACCUACACUUGACAAUAAAUCAAACUACAGACAAAGCCCUAGUAAACAAAAACACUCACCGACAAAGUCCUAUAAACAUUCAAUGAAAGAUAAUUUCAAAGACAAGCUGUCUGAACAAAAAUAUUCUUUGAAAAACUGUGAACAAAAAGUUGCGUCAAAGAAUUUGGUCUGGAAGAAGUCUUUCUCAGAGGAAAGUACUUCCAAUAAGCCUUCUACAAGUGGUUUAAGUAGGGACAAAGUUCGACCGGCGGAUGGGGGCGGAAAACCGCCCCGCGGUGUGUUUGAUCUGACGUCAGACGACGACUCGACUGAUAUCGAGUUUCCUGCCUGGGAACCCAGUUCUGAUCUCAAUGUUGUCAAAUAUCGUCACGACAAUAUCGAAUUGGUUUCCAAGUCCUCUGCAUCAAAGAUGAAACGUAAGAUGUGAUGGAAGCUUCGGAGUGUGUGUAGUGAAACUAUUGUAUGACAAACGAUAUAUACAAAUUUGUAAUUACAAUAUUUCGUCUAUCAUUAGGAGCCAGUGAGGGCAUAUAGUGUUGUCCAAAGGACAUUAAAUUGCGUCAUAACUUCUAAAGUGACGGCGUGGUCAUAGAAUUUUUUUUAAAAUUUCAUCAAAUUUGUUGGGUGCUAUGGGAACAUAAGUCAAGAUUAUGCAUGACAUAAUCAUACGUUUUAUCGAUCACGUGACAUUGUAUCAUGUUUUCAUUGGUCAGAAUUUUGGUGCUUUGUUGUUUGUUCUUUCUUUGGUCUUUCAUGUAUCUGUAUCCUUGUUGUUGCAUUUUGACGAAUUUCAGAUUAUGUUGAUUUGAAUUGAUUGAAUAUGAUACAAACUUUACAGUGCGAAUAUAACGUUACAUCUUAUAAGUAAAAAUAGCAUGCCUAGGUUCUCGGAAGAAGUUAUCUAAAAGAUUUUAUUCAAGAAGUAUAAAUGGCAAUGGUGAUUCGUUUUUAUUCUUGUAAUUUUUAAAGACUAAACAGUAUUUUUACAACGACUGAAUUGUUUUACAGUUAGACUUUGUGUGUUGAAUUUGACAUGUUUCAUUUUUUUAUUUGUUGGAUUUCAAAUAGUUUAUCAAUAAUCAUUAAUUGUUCCAAUUGUUAACAAAUUUUUAUUAAUUUUAACAAUUUUAGUCAUUGAAACUGUUGGUUAUAUUACUGAUGUUAAAUGCGUGUGGUUUGAAACGGGUUCUUAUGAAGUCAGAGAUCUCUUAUAUGAGUAACAUUUAAACUGAUAUAGUACCUUCACAUUUCAAAAAUGUGAAUUUCCUAUUCCAUUUGUAUAUUACCUAGUUUUUAAUCAAGACCAACAAAGUUGGGAUUUUUAACAGCGAUGUACAUGUAUAAUUUUCAGAAUUUUUAAUCACUUUUAAGUUUUGUUCAAACGCUUCAUGUACCUGAAUAUAUAGAAAAUCAUGUGUUACAAAUAAAUACAUGACCUUUUUGUGUUCCUGAAAUAAUCUGAACAUGUUCGUAUGACAGAAUCUAAUUGGUUCAUUAAAUAUUGUUCCUUCUGAAAUUCCAGUCGAUUUUAAAGUAUUGUGAAAUUCUCUAUUAAAUGAUUAAUGGCU